CCUAUUCCUAAACUCUUCCCUUUUAUUCCAACCAUCCAUAAGCAAAGAAAGAAAACAAAUUUGUUUCUGGGUUGGUGAAGCAUUCCUCGUUCCUUUGUUUGUUUCUUCACACGCUUUUCCAACAGGGCUGUCUUCUCAAAACGACAUCGUCUUUUGUGUCGUUUUCGUUGACAGCCCCCAUUCACAUUCAGAUAAGGGAGCGGUUUGUUGUUUAUUGAUACUUGUGAUUAUAUUAAGGGUUGAGGGUUGAAGGUUUCUGCAAUGAGUUAUUUUUCUGGACCAAUUCAGAGACCUCUUGUGGCUGCUGCUGCGGUUGCGGUUGCUUCUUUCUCUACUGAUGCGUCUGAUAAGUUUUCGUUCCUUGGAUCGGCGUCUCGGGAUUGUUCCACUUCCAAUUUGGAAUGUUCUUCAAGUUUUAGCUCUUUGCAGGAAUCACAUUUGUUGUUGGUUAAUAGUAUUGCUGAUUCAAAACUUGCUCAGUUGUAUUUUGUCAACAAAAUUCGGGUUCCGGUUCCGAAUGUGAAGUUUCGUGUUCCAGUUUCGGGGUUGAGUUUGUGUAAUUCUUCUUCGGUUGGUUCAUCGCCGGUUGUUCAGAGUUUGUAUCGUUCGGCUGAAUUACCUAGGUUUUUGAGGUCGUCGUCCGCUUGCUCGAAUGGUGCGUCUGGUUUGACUAAUGAUUUCAUGUAUAAAUGGCAUUUGCCUGAACCCAAUACUAUCGGUGGUUUAUCUGCGAAAUCGAAGACGGUGGUUGUUUUGCUUGGAUGGUUAGGUGCGAAGCAGAAACAUUUAAAGAAGUAUGCAGAAUGGUAUACUUCGAAGGGAUAUCAUGUCAUUACCUUUACGUUUCCGAUGGCUGAAGUAAUGAGUUAUCAGCCUGGAGGAAAAGCGGAGCAAAACGUUCACAUGCUCGUGGAUCACUUGGCUGAUUGGUUAGAAGAGGAGAAUGAAAAGAAUCUUGUUUUUCAUACUUUCAGUAACACCGGAUGGUUAACGUAUGGUGUUAUUUUAGAACGUUUUCAAAAGCAAGACCCUUCUUUGAUGGGAAAGAUUAGGGGCUGCAUUGUAGAUUCUGCACCUGUUGCAAAUCCUGAUCCUCAGGUCUGGGCCUCGGGUUUCUCUGCAGCAUUUCUCAAGAAGAAUAGCGUAGCUACAAAAGGACGUGUAUCCACCGAUGAGACUGGCAUUAAAGUAUCAAUCGGCAGCAAUGAAGAUUUACUAAAACCUGCACCAACAGAAGCAGCUUUGCUUUUAAUACUAAAGAAAUUUUUCGAGGUCGUUCUGCAUCUCCCUGCAGUGAAUAGGAGGCUUUCUGAUGUUUUGAGCAUGUUAUCUACCAAGCAACCAGGUUGUCCACAAUUAUACAUGUAUAGCUCUGCAGACAGAGUUAUUCCGGCCGAUUCAGUGGAGUCGUUUGUCGAUGCACAGCGUAAGGCUGGACAUGAUGUGAGGGCUUGCAAUUUUGUCUCUUCACCUCAUGUUGACCACUUUCGAAAUGACCCGAAAUUGUAUACUUCUCAGCUCAAUCAGUUUUUAGAGGAGUGUGUUGAUGACCAUAGUAAAACUCACUAAUUCAUUGUUUGGUUUGGCUCACACUCAUACAGCAUAUAGUUUUUGAUUUUUUUUUAUAUUAUUUUUUAGAUUAGUCACUCCAUUCAUUGAUGAUGGUUAGGAUUUUCAAAAGUCCGCCCCUUUAGGGGAUCAUAUAAUUGUUCACUGACAAGUUAUCACCAAAUUCAUUCAUAGUGCAAAUGAAAGGCAUUGCAAAUUGCAAAUUUCUUUUGUAAAUAAUGUUACAUUCGGUAUAUUUCUGUUGCAAAUUUGUGUGUUGAGUGAAUGUACCUUAAAAAUUCGGUUGUAUAGGCAAUGACACAAUA